UGGCGGCUAUCAUCAGCUGUGAGGCUUUUAGCGUCGUCGAGUAUUCAACAGAAUUGUAAGCUUCUGUAUCGGCCUCUCUCAACGUGGAUUGCCUGUAUCUCUUACUUUAGCGAGACAUUUAAUGUUAUAGAACCGUUUUAAUCAAGAGAUGUCUCUGGAGGAUCCGUUUUUCGUCGUCAAAGAGGAAGUACAGAAGGCAGUUAACAAUGUGCAGUCUCUAUACAAGAGGUGGCAAGCCCUAUUGGAUAAUCCUCACACCGUAGGGAAAGAUGAAUAUAAUUGGACAACUAAUGAACUGCGCAACAAUGUGCGGAGUAUUGAAUGGGAUUUAGAAGACCUGGAUGAAACAGUGGGUAUUGUUGAAGCAAACCCAAGGAAAUUCAACAUUGAUGUUGCUGAAGUUGAUCAAAGAAAACAAUUUAUAAAACAAACUAGAGAUACUGUGAAUCUCAUUAAAGAGCAUAUGAACAGCCCUUCAGCAAAAGCAAAGGUGGAGAAUUCAUCAAGAGAGGCUUUGUUGGGAAGAAGAAAUGAUAAACCAAAAGACAGAUACUCAAGGUUAGAUCAAGAAAUUGAGAAUUCAAAUCAAGCAUUUAUCACAGACCAACAGCAACAACAGGAGUUAAUGAUUAGAGCUCAAGAUGAACAGCUUGACAUGGUUGGACACAGCGUUGGAGUGUUGAAAACCAUGGGAAAGAAGAUUGGUGAUGAAAUUGAAGACCAAAAUCUGCUCUUAGAUGAUUUUGGACAUGAAUUAGAAAUGACAGACUCCAAACUACAACAAACUGUUCUUAAAGUAGAAAAAGUUUUAAGAUUAUCUGAUGAUAAGAGGCAAACCUGUGUACUGGUAGCUCUAAUAGUAAUUAUGAUAGUAGUCAUCAUUUUAUUUGUUGCAUUGUGAGGAUUGCAAAAAAGAUGCAGACAAAAAUGUAGAAUAGACUUCCAGUUUUCUGGAGUUUGUAGGAGAAAGGCUAUAACACACAUAACCCUUUACACCCUAACAUUGGCAAUAAUAUUCUACACACUUUUCCUUUUACAUUUCCUCUGCUACUUACAAGGAGAAUUUAUCUGACAAUCAGGAACCUUAAAUUGGUGAUCAUUUCCUUUG